AUGUCGUCUAAAAAGGGAGCAACGUCUAUAAUUACCCCAACUCAAUUUCAAGGAUACUCACUACUAAAAUUCUACUCAGCUCUCUUCCUUGGCACUUUUAUUCUUACCAUAUGGCAUUAUGGAAUCCCUUCACAACUAAUAUCGCCUGCAAACCUCGGAUUAAAUAAUCUAGCCCCAGUCAUCGCGAAAACAGGUUGGCAAUGGAAAGAUGUCGAACCAAGCGAAUCCCUUAUCUGGCAUACUUGCUACUCAACUUUUCAAUGUGCUCGUCUUUCCCUCCCACUAGACUGGCUUAACACCUCCAACCCUUCCAGAAUUUCCCUCGCAAUCAUCAAAAUUCCCGCAACAGAUCUAACCAACUACCUCGGUCCCGUCUUCACUAAUCCCGGAGGACCAGGCGGUUCAGGAAUUUUUUCCCUCCGAAGAAACGGACACAAUCUUCAAAAAAUCGUCGGUAAAAACCACGAUAUCAUAUCUUUCGAUCCUCGAGGUAUAGGGGCCUCAACACCUCUCAUUAAUUGCUGGGGUUCCUCACGUCAAAAUGCAAAGAUUUGGAAAUUAAGUGAUGUAGGAGUAGUUGAUUCUCAUCCGGGGAUUCUGAACGAUGCAUAUGCGAGAGCGAGUGCUCUCUCGAAAACUUGCGAGGAAAAUAUGGAACGGGAAGCGAAAGCUAGGGGAGAGGAAUCGUUGUUGAAUUUUGUGAGUACGACGAGUGUGGCACGUGAUAUGCUUGAGAUUAUGAGGAAGACGGGCACGGAAAAGUUGAGUUACGGGACGUUUCUGGGUGGUGUGUUUGCGGCUAUGUAUCCUGAUUUGGUGGAGAGGAUGGUUAGUGAUGGCAACGUAAACUACAACGAAUGGUCAACUAACACUCACACCUCUUUCCUCCACGACUCCGAAAAAAUCAUGUCAGCAUUCUACCACUAUUGCCACCUAUCCGGCCCCACCAUCUGCGCCUUCUACUCCCCCACCCCCUCCCAAAUUUCCACUCGCCUAUCCACUCUCCUCUCCCAACUAAAACUCCACCCUAUCCUCGUCUCCCCCCAAGACCCCUCUUACCUCCCGGAACUAAUAACCUACUCCUCCCUCAAACAUCUCAUCUCCGCCUCUCUCUACCGCCCCAUCCUCCUCUUCCCCUCUCUAGCCACCGUCCUCCAAGCCCUCGAAACCGGCAACGGCAUCCCCUUCAUCGACCUCACCUCCACCUUCGGCAUGCGCGAAAUCUUCACCUGCGACUGUCCCCACGAUUUCUGCAGCGAUCUCCCCUCUCCCAUCGAUGACGAAGACUCCGAUUCCGAAGCCACCGCCGACGCCAGCGCAGCCAUAAUGUGUACCGAUGGUGGCCCCCUCCCCCCUAGUCUUUCAACCUUCAAAACCUACGCCACAAACCUCAUUGCUUCCGCUCCCUCCGCCGGCGCCGUCGGCGUCGAAUUCAGACUUAGCUGUGUGGGUCGGUCCGUCCCCGCCAAAUGGCGCUUUACAGGCCCCUUUGAGGGGAAUACAUCGCAUCCGAUUCUGUAUAUUGCGAAUGCGGCGGAUAAUGUGACGCCGCUUGUGAGUGCGCAGAGGAAUGCAGAAGGGUUUGUGGGCGCGAGGAUUUUGGUGCAGGAUUUGUUUGGUCAUACGAGUUUGAGUGCGGGGUCGGGGUGUACGGCGGGGGUGGUGAGGGGGUAUUUUCAGAGGGGGGAGUUGCCUGAGGUGGGGAAGGUGUGUGAGGUUGAGGGGGUGCCUUUUGGGGGUGGGGAGAUGGGGGGGUAG